CGUCAUCACGGGUGGGUGUCAUGUUUACGUGGAAAAAAACAUGGCCGCCAACUGCUAGCAAGAAGGCAACCCUGAAAGAAUGCGAGUGGCGGCUGAGGGGAAGCCGGCGAGGCCCUCACACACUUGAUCAUUGACGCGGUUACGCGAUUUAUGACUUCCUCUCUGUCUUGUUGUAGCCACGGUGACUAUGGAAGACGAGGAGCGGCAAAAAAAGCUCGAGACCGGCAAAGCAAAGCUGGCUGAGUACCGUCAACGGAAAGCUCAGGCAGAUUCACAGAGGAAGAAGAAGAAGAAAAAGAAGCCAGAGGAGGACUCGCAGGGAAGUGUGGAGCCAGAUCGUUCGGCACCAUCCGCCGCUGAGCUGAGUUCCUCCAAGAUGCUACCCAGUGGGGAAACGCUGAAGCACGACCAGACAUACCCCAUCGAGCCCGAGAGUGAAGUGUCGACGACGGCAGAUGAUUAUUCCUCUGAGGUCAACGGCUGCCGUGAGAUGAUGGCCAAUCUCAUGACGUCCUCCUCCGGGGAUUUUAUUUGGGAUGAGACAGAACAAGAGGCGACGAAGGAAGGUAGGAUGCAGGAUGUCAAGGACGCACUUGCAGCAAAGACCCAAGCAGUGGAGGAGCUAAGUCAAGAGCUUGAGGAAAUACGGGCCAUAUUUGGAGCAGAAGGUGUGCACAAGCUGCAGGACUUUGAGGCGGCGCUGAAGCAAAGGGAUGGCAUCAUCACUCAGCUCACCACUAAUCUCCAGCAAGCUCGCGAGGAGAAAGACGAGAUCAUGAAGGAAUUCCUGGCGCUGACUGAGCAGAGCCAAAAACUGCAGCUUCAGUUCCAACAGCUGCAGGCCGGUGAGACCCUACGGAACACGAGCCACAGCAGCACGGCAGCUGACCUUCUUCAAGCCAGGCAGCAGCUGGCGCAGUACCAGAUCCAGCUGGAAGAGUCCAACAUUGAAGCCGGAAAAAAACGGGAGAAGUGUGACAGGCAGCUUGAGCAAAUCGCUCAGCUCCAGCUCAAAAUCAGUGACAUGGAAUUGUCAGGGAGAAGAUCAGAGGAGUCCUUCUCCCAAAGGCUAAAUGAGAAGGAUUUUCUUAUAGCUGAGAAAGAAAAGGUCAUCAUGAAUCAAGAUCAGUUUCUCGCCGAACUGAGAGCGUCUGAAGAGACUCUUGCCACCACGCUGAAGGAGAAGAAUCUGCUGCUAUCCGAGCAGACAGCGUCUCUGAACCUCUUUCGAGAGGAAUUGGCCAUUUUGGGACGAUCAGCGAAUGACAUUCAGGCGUCUGAUGAGAAGGACCUGAUAAUAGCAGAGCAGGAGAGAGUCAUUUCCGAGAGGGACUGUUCUCUCGGAGGGCUGGAGGAGGAGCUGGAGUCAUCACGGCAAAGCCUGCGGAGCCUCCAGCAACGAGUGGCUGUGAAGGAAUCAGAGCUUGAAAAAUGCCUUGGCGACUUGGUGAACACUAAGCAUUAUUUAGAAAGCAGUAAAAGCGAAGUGGAAAGUUGUAAAUCACACCUGGAGAAGGCACGGGGUGACCUACAAAGCUGUGAAAGUGAGCUCACCACCUCUAGACAAAGAGAACGAACGUCCUCAGAUGAGAUUAAGCAGCUCAUGGGAACAGUGGAGGAUCUGCAAAGGCGCUGUCAUCGGGACAGCCUGUCAGAGGGUGAUGUCAUCCAAAGAAUGCAGGAGGACACUACGCGGAAGCUCGACCUUCUUAGGGCAGAGCUGGACGAGAUGUACGGGCAACAGAUUGUCCAAAUGAAACAGGAGCUCAACUUGCAGAAUGCAGCUCGUAUGGAGCAAGCAACGGCGCAGCAUCACGCAGAGAUAGACAAACAUCAUGCCGAGGUGGAGUUUCUGAAACAACAAAACUCCACCAUCAAGGAGAAACUCACUGUGAAGAUUCAGGAGCUUCAAGCAACAUUAGCAGUAUCCACAAAGGAAUUCAACCGAGAAAAGUCGAACCUCCAGUCUGAGCUCCAGAAGCUCCGCUGCGAUCUCCGUUCCGCGAAAGACAAAGCCGAGCUGGUGUCCAGUAGUCUCAUCUCGCAGGAGAGCCAACAAGACAAGAUCCAGGGGCUUCUGGAGACUGCUGAUGAUCUACGACGCCAGCUGGCUGCCGCUGGGGAGGCGGCACUGGAAGCCGAGGCCCAGCAUGAGUCUGAGACGACCAACUUCAAGAUCAAGCUCGAGAUGCUGGAGCGAGAGAAGGACGCUGUGCUGGACCGCAUGGCAGAAUCACAGGAGGCGGAGUUGGAGAGAUUGCGAACGCAGCUGCUGUUCAGCCAUGAGGAGGAGCUUAUGCACCUCCGGGAAGAGCUCCGUCGAGAGGGCUUCCUCAAUGCCGAGAACCUCCUUAACGAAGCUGCUGUCAAACACCAAAAAUCUCUGGAUGACCUGCGCCUCACCUAUGAAGAUCAGAUGCAUUUGUUACAAAAGGAUAAGGUUGGCUUUUCCAACGAGCGAGAGGAGCUCUUGCAACAAAUUGUCAACCUGAAGGAAGAUCUCAAGCUGGCCUUGCACAGCUCCAAAGCGGACGACCUUGUCCGGCAGCUAGAGGAACUCCAGACAGAGCUGAAUGAUUUGCGGAAGGGAAGGGAGCAACGAGUCAGGAUGGAGAAUGAGAUCCAAAUGUUGCUGAAGAAGAACGAGGUUCUUCAAGAGAAGGACCAAAGCUGGGAGAGAAAAUGGAAGGAGCAUCAUUUUGAAAAUGAUGCAAAAAUGGUUGGAAUGGAAAAAGUCGUCUCCCAGCUGAGAGAGGAGAUUGAAAAGCAACGGACUACAUUCUCCUUUGCUGAGAGAAAUUUCGAAGUGAACUACCAGGAACUAAAGGAGGAGUACUCUUGCCUUACCAAGGCUAAGACUCAACUGGAGGAGAGAACCCUGAAGGAGGCGCUGGAGUUCCAGGCCAAAAUUGCCAGCCUCCAGUCACACAUUGGCGAGCUGGAAGGCGAAAAUGUCAAAAGGUAUGCUGAGGCUGUGGAAAAAGACUCGUCUGAAGUUGCAGAGAAGUUUAAGGGUAUACUGAAUGAGAAGGAAAGCCUUACUGGGAAGCUUUCUCAAGUCACGGAGCAACUGGUGUUUGCAGAGAACAAAAUGAGUCAGUUGGAAGUUGAGCUGGAGGAAAUUAAAAGAAAGAGAGGAGAGGAACAUCACUCUCAGAUUCUUUCCCUGCAAAGAGAGGUCGAAGCUCUUCAGUCUCUCCCGAAGGUGGCGGAAUCUGAGAGAGGCGGCGUCUGUCGGACCGCGACGCCUCACAGGCUCUCCCAGCCCCCUCCAACCCAAGUCCAGUCCUCAAGUGAGCCACGCACCGCAGGACAGGUCUCACUGCAGAAGCCAGUUGCCUCCUCCUCAGGUUCCAACAGGCGCAAGAGGCGUCAGAGGUUGAAGCAGGAGCGCAGAGCGAGUGGCGGCGGCCCCUCCGAAGCUGCCAGGCAAAGGGAGGAGGAGGAGGAGGAAGAGGAAGAAGAAGAAGGCAGAGCUACAAGUGCCGCAGAACGAGAGAUGCAGACUGAGAGCCAGGUUCGCAGUGAUAAAGCUGAUGGCUGCCAGAGAGACGGGACCAUCAAACAGGUCAGUACAUCCAUCAGAGCACCCGCAGAUGCAAUGGAACAGACCGCUAAGCACGGCGAGUGCAGCCUUCAGUUGGAGGCGCAGCGCAUCAGCCUGACUCACAUCCACGCGGCCCAGCUGGAGCUGCUGCAAGAGGAGGCGCAUAACCAGAAGGAUGCUGGUGACCAAGAUUCGGAUGAGGUCCAAAGGCUCAAGGCAGAGGCGUUAGAGUACCAGCGUCAACUGGAAGAGAGUCACCGGCUAGAGGUGGAGAACCUCCGAACUCACUACCAGAAGAGCGUUGCCGAGACGGAGGAACGCUGCGCCGCCGAGCUCGUUAUGUUACGACGGCAACUGUGGGAGCUCACAGGAUUGCAGGCAUAUGACAGUUGCCCACAGUCCAGCCAAGAGCGCAUCGAGGAGCACCCUGAGGAGCUGAAGGACCUUACCGAGGAGCAGCUGUCCCAGUGGGCGUCGGGCUCCCGCUCAGGCUUGAGUGCCAAGCUGCAAGUGCUGAGAAAGGCGCUGUACAACGAGUACGUCCAAGAAGUGGCCGCGCUCGAGGAGCAGCACCGUGUCGAGCUGACCAGGCUGCGGCAGCAACUGGAGAGGGAGACCAAGGGAGAGGGACGGGAUAGUAGCAGUGUCGCCGGAGGAGCCACAAGCUCCUCGGAGACCCCCAGUGUUGCCGGGCCGGGCGAGCGGCAAGGGAAGCUGAGUUUGGAGGAGGAGGUCGCUAGGGCCAUCGUCCAAAUGUCGGUGGAGUACGCGCAGCAGACAGAGUUGGCGCGGAUCAACAAGCUCGCCUGCCAGACCAGCACUGCCAUGCAGACCCUGUCCCACGCCGAGGAGGCUGUGGAGGAGAACGCGGUUGUCUCGGUGGGCGCCUGGUUGAAGGAUGAGAGGGAGCCCCUGGAGAAGGAGCUGCAGGACAGGAAAACUGAGAUCUGGAAGCUCCGGGAGAAGCUACGCCGAGCUGAAUUGGGAGCAGAGGAGAAGCCAUUGCAGACGAAAGAAGAUGGUGAAGAAGUUGAGGAAGACGGCGCUGUCUCCAUUGACAAGGACAACGAAAGAACUGUCCUCCGCAGAGCCAACGAGAGGCUCAGUCGGGUGUUGGCCGACGUCCUGAAGACCACGGCGGCGGCAGAAGAAACAAUGGGCCUUCACAUGCAAAGUCUCCAGGUGGAUGUUUCUUCCAGCGCAGGGCCGCAGGCUACACCGCCCUCUACACCGCAUGUUGCAGGUCUGUCUGACAAGAGUUCCCCUGGCGACAGCCUUCUCAUGGGGGAGAAUGAGGAGCAUCUGAUGGGCAUCAGCGAUCGACUUCAGACGGCCUUGGAGAAGAUGCUGAUGGUUAUCUCUGAUACCACCAACCAGGUGGAACAUGCCCGCAUCACCCAGACUGAGCUCAUGCGUGAGUCCUUCCGCCACAACCAGGAGAUCAGCGAGCUCCUACAAAAGCAAGAGGAGCUGCAGGAGCGCCUGGCUGAGGAGGCGCGGGCACGGGAGCAGCUCGCCCUAGAGCUACACCGGGCCGAGGGUCUGAUUGAUGGCUACACAGGUGAACGGGCUGCGUUAGAGGAGCAGUUGCGUCAGAAGGAGGAGCUCCAGCUGAACCUAGAGCAAGAGCUGCAGGUUACAGGCAGUCGACUGCAAGAGCUAGAGCAGGAGCGGCUACAAAUGCAGGAGGAGCGUGAGCUGGUGUCCCGGCAACAAGACGCCAUGCGAGAAAACGCCGGGCCCCGCGAGCUUUGCCUAGUUGAAGCUGCAAUGGUUGCAGCACCUGAAGCAGAUCUGUUGGAAGAGACGGAGAAACUGAUGAAGGAGAAGGUGGAGGUGCAGCGGCAGGCAGAGAAGGAGAGCGCCGACCUGCUCAAACAGAUAAAGACCCUGGAGGCGGAGCUGGAGGAGCAAGUCAACCGGGUGAUUGAACUGGAGACCGCCUGCAAGCUGGAGACCGGGGACCUCCAGCAGCAGAUCCAGGCUCUGGAGAAGCAGCUGGACAAGAACAGGCGGUUCCUUGAUGAGCAAGCUGUGGACCGAGAACAUGAACGGGACGUCUUCCAACAUGAGAUCCACGUGCUGGAGCAGCAGCUAAAGAACCAACAGAAACUUCCCAGCGGCUCGGAACAAAGAAGCCAGCAGGUAGAGCAGCUGAGCUCCCAGUUGAAGGAGAAGGCAGACUGGUGCAGCGAGCUGCUGCUGGGCUCGGAGCAGCUGCGUCGCGAGGUGGCCGAACGUGACCAGGAGAUUGACAAGCUGGAGAGCCGCGUCCGUGAGCUGCAGCAGGCCCUGCUGGCCAGCGCGGAGUCCCUGGAGAAGGACGAACAAAAGAGGUGUCAUGCAUCAGUCACGGAGACGACACACUCCACACUGGAGGCUCAGUUGCAGACGGAAAGAGAAGCAUUAGACCGGAAAGAGAAGGAGAUUUGUCACCUUGAAGAGCAGCUGGAGCAGUUCCGGGAGGAGCUGGAGAACAAGAGCGAGGAAGUGCAGCAGCUUCACAUGCAGCUCGAGAUCCAACGCAAGGAGAUCAGCAGCCAGCAACAGUUCCUGGAAACCAGAGAGAGCAUGCUCCAGGUGAUGGAGGAGAAGGACAGGGCAAUAGCACUUCUUAAUGAACAGAACACUAAGCUCCAGCACAUGGACAAAACGUCUGGCAACAAGGGACUUGAUGAGCGGGACGCACUGAUAACCGACCUGGAGUCGCAGGUGGAGUGCCUGCGCAGUGAGCAGGAACGUCUCAAACGCAAAAGCGAGGAGGAGAUUGAGCAGUUUAACGCUGUCAUCGAGAAACUCCAGCAGGAGCUGGUUCACAUGGAACGCAAGGAGGAUGACGAGGCCCGAGCAGUUAAGGAGUACGAAUACGAUGAGAUGAAGCAGAGAAUGGACUUGGUCUCCGGUGAGUUCCACACCCUCAAAGUGGAGCGCAGCGAUCUGCUCGAGACGCACCGGCGCUUGAAGGAAAGUGGCGAGGACACUGAGGACUUCACAGAGACCCUGACGCAGAAAACCGCUGGCCUUGUUGUGGCGCAGGCACAAAUCCAAGCUCUGGAGAAGAGCGCCGCAUCCAUCAUAGCCGAACUCAAUCUCCGCAUCCGAGACCUGGAGGAUUCAGCCGGCAAGAAAGACGCCGAGCUGAGCCGCAGUCAAAAGUACGCCGAGGAGCUCCGGCGGAAAGUCUCCACCCUGGAGGAGCAUUUAAGAGAGAAGGUGGCAGCGGCCUUGGUAAGCCAGGCCACCCUGGACGCUCUUCAACACCAAGCCUCCACAGACCAUUCGGGUGACAACGUGGACCACCUGAGCCAGAAGAUUGGAGAACUGGAGACCAGUUUAGGUUGGAUCGAGAAGAACCACAAGCUACGUGAGCAGCUGCUCUCCCACUCGAACGAGGAGAUGGUGCACAAUGAGAGGAGGGUGGCAGCGCUCUUGGAUCUGCUCAGACAGAUGAUGGGCGGCAAGCUUUCCAAGUCCUCGCCAGCUCUGAAGGCUUCCAUCGCCGACCAAGCAAUUGCUUUGGAACUUCAACAGGCCCGAGAUGAAGCCUUGGCCGCCAAAAAGCAACUGGACCACCACAUGGGGCAAUGCGCCCAUCUCCAGGAGGAACUCAAAGACAAAACUGAAACAAUAGAAAGACUUGAGAAGCAGCUUAAGGAGGCGUCUUCCAGAGGAAACGAGGAGACACAGUUGAUGCAAGGAGAGCUGACCAAAACCCAGAUGGAGGCGGCGCAAGCCAAAGAGGAGCUAAGUAGCUGCAAGGAGAACUUGGAGAAGCUGCAGGAGCUGCUCCAGGAGCGGGAACUGACCAUUGCUCAACUUAAGGGAGAUCUUUUACAAGUGAAAGCUGAAGAGGACAAAGCAGACAGGACAAAUGUUCUCAAAGAGCUCCGUGAGGUCCGAAGUAAUGUGGGCUCCACCAAAGAGGAAUUACAAAAGUACAAAUCCCACAAUGAGAAGCUUCAGGAGGACAUUCAACUGAGUGAGGAGUCUAUUUCUAAACUCAAAGAAGAGCUCCUGGAUGCCCAAACAAACGUGGAUGCCACCAAAGAAGAACUCGACAGUUACAAAUCACGCAAUGAGAAGCUGCAGGAAGAUAUCCAGCGCCGCGAAGCCUCCAUUUUGAGGCUUAAAGAUGAGCUUCAGGAGGUCCAAAAGUACCAGGGCACCAACAAAGAGCUCGACAGUUACAAAACCCACAAUGAGAAACUCCAGGAGGACAUUCAAGUGCGCGAAUUGUCUAUUAGUAGACUAGAAGAGGAACUCCAGGAGGUCCAAAAGAACAUGGACACCACCAAAGAAGAACUCAUCCGUUACAAAUGCCACAAUGAGAAGCUCCUGGAGGCGAUUCAGCUCAAUGAGGUCACCAUCUCGCAGCUCAGAGAGGAGCUCAAGGGGAACCUGGACUCUACCAACGAAGAAGUGAGCAGCUACAAAUCCAACAAUGAAAAGCUCAAGGAGGACAUUCAAGUGUGUGAGGUCUCCAUAUUAAAGCUCAAAGAGGAACUCCAAGAGUUUGAAAAGAAUAUGGACGCCACCAAAAAAGAACUCAAUAGUUGCAAAUCCGACAAUGAGAAGCUUCAGGAGGACAUUGAAGAGCGCGAGGUCACGAUUUCUAAACUCACAGAGGAGCUCCGAGAGGGCCAAAAUAACGUGGAGUUCACCCAAGAACUGACAUUUUACAAAUCCCGCAAUGAGAAGCUUCAAGAGGACAUUGAAGGGCGCGAGGUCACGAUUUCUAAACUCACAGAGGAGCUCCAAGAGGUCCGUAAGAACAUGGACUCCGUCACAGAAGAACUUGACGGUUACAAAUCCCUCAAUGAGAAGCUCCGGGGGGACAUUCAAGUGCGUGAAUUGUCCAUUAGUCAAUUUGAAGAGGAGCUUCAAGAGGUCCAAAAGAGCACGGACACCGCCAAAGAAGAACUCAACAGUUACAAAUCCCACAACGAGGAACUCCAGGAGGAGAUCCAACGCCGUGAAGUCACCAUUUUGAAGCUCAAAGAGAAACAACAGGAGGUCCAGAAGAUUUUAGAGUCCACCCAAGAACUUCGCGAACUCUCAGUUUCGAAGAUUAAAGAGGAGCUGCAGGAAAUGACGAAGGUUGCCGAAACCACCAAAGAAGAACUGAGAAGUUCCAAAUCCCACAACGAGAAGCUCCAGGAGGACAUCCAGCUCCACGUGGUCUCCAUUUCGAAGCUUAAAGACGAGCUACGGGAAGCACGAGCGGGCAACUCGGCCUCCGUGUCCCCUCCUCCCGCUCCGUCCCCUCAGCCUUUCUCGUCCACCUCCCAACCCAAGAGGAAAGCGAGCGGCAAGCAACCCCUCGCCAAAGGCGGCAAAGAGAAGACCUCACUUUCCCGGAAGAGCACCGUGCCCUCCAGGAGUCCCGAGCCGGCUGCGUCAGACGCCUCCACGCAGAAGGUCGCCAACAAGGAGCUGGAAGAGGUGAUGGCGGAGUUCCGGGAGAAGGUGGUCCAGAUGCAGGAGCUGCACGCGGCCGAGAUUCUGGACAUGGAGGCGCGGCACAUCUCAGAGAGCGACGCCUUGCGCCGCGACGCGCACAACCUGGAGGACGAGUGCAAGGCGCUCAAGGCCGUCAUUGAGCAACUGCGCGCCACCGAGGUGCCCUUUUCCAGGCAAGAUCGGCCGCUGUCACAGUUCAAAGAUGGCUACACGAGCGACAGCAGUUCCGACUACAGCCAGAGAACCGGUUACGAUCUUCCUGCUGGACUUCAGCAGGAGUUCCGGGUGACCCCCGAAGGUGCCAGAAGAGAGGCCGACGAUCCUGUAUUACCUGAUCGGAUAAAGUCGUUGCUGCGUGAGGUGCACCAGGAGGGCAUGCACGUCCUCUCGCUGUCGGAGUUGCCCGUUUCCGAAAAUGAUCCCGGCUGCCAUUUGAACCUGCAAGUCUGGCUGAAGGAGAGAGACGCUCUGCUGGCGACUGUGGAGUCCCUCAAAGGCCUCAUCACGCACAUGCAGACCACGCAGGUGUCGGGAGACUCCACAGACUGGCGUGCGGACCUCUUGGAAGCGGUGCGCCAGGUGUUUGUGAGGGAGCGCAGCGUGCUCAAGAGCGCCCUCUACAGCCACUUGGAGCUGGUGGACACCAGCGACGCUGUCAUUCACCUCAAUCAGCUGGAGCGAAGGCUGGCUGAGCAGGAUGCUCAACACAGAGAGGCGAUGGGAUCCCUUAAUGCCGCAGACCGCUCAAGUCUCAUGUCUGAGAUUCAUCAACUCCGAGGUCAGCUGGAGCUCCUCCAUCAAGGUGCGCAGCCCGCCGCCAUAUUGAGCGCGACGGAACAGUUGGAUGGCGGCGACGCCGACGGAGCCCCCCGGGGCAACGGGCUGCUGCUGCUGGAAGAGCUCAAAGGAGAAUUGUCCCAGACCAAACUAGAGCUGGGGACCACGCUCAAAUCGCAGCACAAGCACCUCAAAGAACUGGAUGCUCUCAGGGCCGAGGUAUCGCAGAAGGCCUCGGAGGUGGACGCGCUGCACCAGCAGCUGUUGGAGGAGAGCCGCAGGGGCCGCGAACUUCAGUGGGCCUUGGAGAAGGAGAAGUGUCGCUCAGGGAGGACUGAAGAGAGUGCUCGAGAAGAACUGGAGGACUUGAACCUGGCUUUGGAGGAGAAAAAGAGCCAAGCGGAGCAGCUGACGUCCACUUUGAACCAGGAGCGCCAGGCCUCCUCCCGCCUCUGCCAGCAGGCCGAGAGGGAGAAGCUGAGCCUCCACAGGCGCCUGCAGGAGCUCCAGGUGCAGCUGGAGACGGAGCGAGCCAAGGCCCGGGAGAUGAGCGCCACGCUGGGCGCGGAGAGGGAGUUGCGGGUCGCCUCCGGGCCGCCGAGCCAGGAGGAGAACCUUCUGGAAGGACUGCGCCGGGAGCUGGAUGACAAACAGACACAGGUGGUGGAUCUCCUCAGCCAAAUGGAGGCUGAGAAGUUGGAGGUGCUGAGAAGGGACGAGGACCUGACCCUGGUCGGCCUCAAGUCCAAGCAGAACCUCGAGGCUCUGCUGGAGGCGCGGGCCCAGCUGGAGAGCCUAAAAGCGCAGCUGUCGGAGACGCGCGGGCAGCUGGCGAGCGAGGAGGCGAGGCGGAAGACCCUGGAGGAGGACAAGGAGAGACUGGAGGAGAGGUUGGCUCAAGAUGGCGAGGCCGGGCGGGGCCACCCGCACCACCAGGGCCCUUGGCGCACGGCGGACGCUGUCUUGGGUAAACUGCAGCUCGUCGCUUCCGCCAUUCGCGGGAUGGCGAGCAAGACAACCGCUGAGAUCACCAGCGAGGAGGUGUCGCUCCUCCAGUCCAACGUUGAUGAUGUCGUCAGCAUGCUGCGGCAAUCUCCCGCUCUCCCCGCCCUCCCUGAGAGCGCCGCCCUGUCGUCGGCGGCCUCCUCUUCGGGCUCCUCCCUGACCGAGCGCCUGCUCCGGCAGAACGCCGAGCUCACGGGCUUCGUGGGGCGCCUGACUGAGGAGAAGAACGACCUGAGGAACCACUCGCUGCGGCUGGAAGAAGAACUUCGGCACUACCGGCACACAUGUGACGCGUCCACCGGGAGGCGAGGCCUGUCCGGUCCGGACGCGCCCGACUUGGUGCUGCUCUCUCAGGAGAAGGAGGCCUUGAGCCGGGAGAAGAUCCGCUUGGAGAAAGCUCUGCAUCAGGCCCUCGCCCAGGCGGCGCGGCUCCGAGGAGAGAUCAGGACCGACACGCUGAGGGAGAUUACCGGACCGGAGGCGGAAAACGCUGCCCUCAAGAGGAUGUACGGCAGGUACCUGCGCGCAGAGAGCUGCCGCAAGGCUCUGAUUUACCAGAAGAAGUACCUGCUGCUGCUGCUGGGCGGCUUCCAGGAGUGCGAGGAGGCCACCCUGGCCCUCCUCGUCAGGAUGGGGGGGCGGCGGCCCUCGGAGGGGUUGGGCGACGGCCCGCGGGGUCAGCGCAGGCGGGCGCUCACCCGCUUCCGCUCGGCCGUGCGCGUCUCCAUUGCCCUCUCCAGAAUGCGUUUCCUGGUCAAGCGCUGGCACAAAACGACGGGCAUGAGCAGCAGCACUUCCUGCAGCGCCCAGAAAAGCGACACCACGCAGAUGAUCGUCGCCGGCGGUAGAGAUUACCUCCACCGUGUGGACGUGUACCGGGACCGAGGCGGCGGCCCGAGCAGGGGGCGCAGCGGGCGAGAAUCCCCCAGAUCGCCCCUCUCCUCCGCACAGCAACACAGAUUUCACGCAGCCGGAGACUCCGGGUUCCUCACGUGCGCCCACCUGCAGAGCUACGACCCGGACCGGGCCCUCACCGACUACAUCUCUAGACUGGAGGCCCUGCAGAGGCGGCUGGGGAACGUCACUUCAGGUGCUUCGUCUUCCCUCGCUCCGCUGCACUUCGGCUUGAGAAGAUAAGACUGAUAAACAAGUUGCCUUUUUUUUUUGACGCAAACUAUUCUCAUUCUACAAGGACCAAAAAAUAAUAACUUUUUGUUUGGUGUGUGACACGUGUGCGUCUUCUUGUCUCCACGUGGAAGACGUGUAAUUUAAUUAAAUAAAUGAUGUACAUUUUGUUCAUGGAUAAUUUAAAAAAAAAAAAACAAAAGGCUUUUUGAGAUUAAUUUAUGUUCACGUGGGUGUUGGUUAGCAAGGCAAGGGGCUUAACUGGAUUCUUCAACUUUGUUUUGUUUCGAGUCUUGAAGACAUUUGUAGAGAGCGUAUUUUUAUAGGUGCUUUUCUGGCUAUUUUGUCAAAAACUGAAAUAAAGGAGAAGAUUUGAAUGGGCUUUUUAUUUAGUGGUUGACGAGAAGGUAAGUAAAACGAGGAAAAUACACACUCACAAAUCUUGUUCUUAUUACAUUUUACUGAAGUCGGAAGUUCACAGUCGAGACAUUUCCCAGUUUCAUCUAAUGCAGCAUAUUCAUUUGGAGCUUCUUGAACACAGGUGUCAAACUCAAAGCCCGGGGGCCACAUCUGGCCCAGUUCAUCAAUUAAUGUGGCCCGUGAAAGCAAAUCAUGUUGACUUUGUUUCUUGCAAAAAUAUCAAAACUGGAAAUGGUCUUUUAAUUACAUUGAUAUUGCAAGCAGCUUUUGUUACCAUGAAAUAAAUUAAAGUUAAAAAAAAAAAAAAAGUUUUCCAUCAAUUUGUAGUGUAUGUGUAAUGUGGAUUCAUCCUAACUUCCCUCAGAGGGAAAAUUUAUAUACAUGUGGAGUUUGACUCUGCUGUUCUAAACCCCCCUUUUCGCCUGCUUUUUAUGCUUUAUUCAAUAAAACUAGGAAAUUGUGCUACGAGUAAGAAAAAAAAAAAGUUUGACACUCAACAUUUCAAAUUUUCCAUUUUUCUGACUGCACAGUUUCAUUUUUUUUUUUAAAUAUAUAAAUUCUACUUGACUGCGUUUAUAAAUGUGGCCUUCCUGCUUUUUUAUGCGGAGUUCAACAAAACUGAGACAAAUGCUACUCUGAAGUUGAACAUGAAAAAUGUAUUUAUGAUUUCACAGCAUAACCAUUAAGUUGUUCUACUACAGUAUUUCUUAAUCUGAACUAUAAACUUGCCACUUUAUUAUGCGCCACUUGACUUCCUGUUUUGACACUGACAACAGUCAAAUGCUCCUGUUUUUUAAGACAACUUAAUCUCACCAUUUCGUUUUUGUCUGUGCUGAGUAAAUUUGACAAAAGUCUUGAUCUCUUCAGAGAUUAAAUUCUUGUUUUCUCUUACAUAAUUUUGAAGUUUCAUGUGUCCUGGGUGUCCAUAAAGCUGCAUUUUACAGCUAAAUGUAUUACAUUUAUGAAAAAAAAACAACCUAAAUGUUCUCAGAAUGCUGAACUUCUCAUUUCCUGGUUGUCCUGAACUGUCUUUUUUUUUUUCUGGUGGUGGGGGGGUGGGUUACAGAAUAAAAUGCAUCUUCUAGUCUGAGGAUUUAGUAUUUCCUGCUUGCCUCAUCUUUGCAGUUUCCAAGUGACCUUGAAGUUGGCCUGGGGCGAAAUGUUCCAGGUUUUAAUAUGCUGCAUUCAAGAAAACCGGGAAACGGGACAAUGUCCUGGCAAAAUGGAAACAUGGCAACUGUUAAUUUUACAUAAAAAGGUAUCCCGUAGAACCGCCUUCCAAGUUGCACGUAUCCUUGUCGGAGUUUGAAAUUUCCC